AUGCUUCCUACUUUUCUUUACUGGCUACAUGCAUGCAUUUGCCUAUACCCGCUUGCUCUCCCUCUCGGGACAGCGACGAAGCUUGCGACGCAAAAUGCCAGCUUCACUCCAGACAUCGUCUUGCGAGUUAGCGUCGACACUGUCCAGCUCAACUGUCAGCCUCGUCUUUCGACACUAAUCAACGGCACGUAUCCGGCACCUCCGAUCUACCUCGAACCCGAGCGGACAACAUGGAUUCGGGUGUACAACGACGCAAACGUGAAUACGACAAUGCACUGGCAUGGUCUUGCGCUUUCUGCGGCGCCCUAUGCUGACGGAGCCCCUCAGGCUUCACAGUGGCCGAUCCCUCCUGGGUGUUUCUACGAUUACGAGCUCCAUCCUAGUGCCAGUGAAGCUGGAACAUCCUUCUAUCAUUCGCACGUGGGCUUCCAAGCCAUCACGGCUUCCGGGGCCUUGAUCGUAAAGGAUGCUGUGCCUCCGCCAUAUGCUUACGACGAAGAAAUCAUUCUAAAGAUUGGAGACUUCUACCCUCAAGACGAUCAUACGAUCGAGACACAAUUGACUGGCGUGCCUUGGAUAUGGACAGGGGAUCCGACGUCAUUGCUGAUCAACGGACAAAGUGGAACGGCUCUCAACUUUUCUGUUCCAGCACCGUCGGACCAGUCAUGUCAGCCCUGGGUUAUGAAUGUCGAGGCGGGCAAGACGUAUCGAGUACGCGUCAUUGGUAGCACUGCAUUGUCUCUGGUGCUGUUUGGCCUCGAGCAUCACGACAAUCUGACCAUCAUCGAAACGGAUAACUCUUACGUCUAUCCUGUACAGACACCAUAUAUGCAGGUCGACACAGGUCAAAGAUUCAGUUUCCUGUUGCAGACGAAACCGUUAAGCGAGUUGCAGGGUCUAGACGGGCAGACAAAGUUCUGGAUUCAGUUCGAGACUCGACAGGGCCAAAGUACGGUUUUCGCAUGGGCCAUUCUCAAUUACACAGCCCUUGGGGUUUCAACUUCGCAAGGACAGGUGGAUAACCAGACCCAGAGCUGUUGUUAUCCGACCUCGAACUCAUCAUGUCCGGAUUCGCUCCCUACGGCACCAGUCCUUGACUUACCAACCAACGUCACAGACUGGAUGGAAUAUACUUUUCAGAACCCCCCGUUGGCAGGCUACGAAUCCCCUCCCAACGCGACAGAAGUGACUCGCCGCAUCAUUAUUUCUACCUCGCAGUUCCUCAACAACUCCUCGGGCAACACGGUGAUGAUCUCCAACAAUGAAUACUGGAGUGACAGUGCUCCUCUGGGGCCAACAACAGAUACGCCAUACCUCGUCGAGAUCCUGCAGAAUGCGAGCGUCAAUGGUGUGACCCCAGACUACGGCCGUGCCAUUGCCAAUGGAGGCUUCGACCCCCUCUCACAAACCUACCCAGCACAAAUCGGAGAGGUUCUUGAGAUUGUAUGGCAGAACGCGGCUUCUUACCCUGCGGGAAUCUACGGACCGCAUCCCAUGCACGCUCACGGCGGGCCGUACUGGGACCUGGGAUCAGGCUCGGGAGAAUAUUCGCCUGAAGCACACGCGGCACUACUCCAAUCUUACUCCAGUGACAAUAACGUCCCCUACCCAGGCUCGCGCCGCGACACGACCAUCUUGUACAAAUACACGCUGCAGACCCCCGACCCGGGAGAGGUGAAUGGCUGGCGCGUAUGGCGCAUCCGCGUCACGGAGCGGAACGUGGGUGUCUGGAUGAUGCAUUGCCACAUCCUGCAGCAUGUCGUCAUGGGCCAGCAGACGGUGUGGGUGUUUGGGACGCCCGAGGAAAUCAUCCAGAACUCCAUGCCUGUCCAAGGGAAUUUGGCGGGAUACUUUACCUAUGGCGGGGACGUUGUGGGCAGGAUUGGACAGGAGGAGGGGGAUAGUCGUGCUGUGCCGUUCUUCAGGGAAUCGAUGGACUCCUACCGUGCUCGGUAG